UUUUAGUAUAUUUCAUCGUUUCAUGGAAGUAACAUAUUGAAAAAUCUCUGGAACAAAAUCCCCCAAGCUGUCGAGGCACAGCUUGUGACGCGGAUUGAUCAUCAGCGACCGGCAAGCUGUCAACGCAGCUUCUUCAAAGCUGCCAUAAGCUGUUCCAACUUCUGCGUCUAGAAAUUUCAGUGUGGGUUUGGAAUGGAAGCGGGAAAGAUGCCUCAACAACGGCGACUCUCUGGUUCUGGUCUGCUCUUAGAGCAGUUCCCUCAGCUGGAGGAGAUACUGGAGAACGAGCAGGGAGAACAUGAUCAACUACUCAGCGCAUGUGUAGCUCCUAAGGACUUCUCGUGUUUGCAUGAAGGAGAAACCUUCUAUGAAAGUGAUCUACAGGGUGCCACAAAACUUAUAUGUAGCAAUCCUAACUGCAGGUUAAGUCCCUAUAUGCACGGAGACUGCUUUAUAUCCUGGCAAGGACUUGUUCUCAACUAUCUCAAAUCUUCAGGCAGAGCAAGAUCGUGGUCAGAUAAGCAGAAGCUCCAGAACCUCUGGACCAGGAAGGGAUAUGACCUUGUUUUCAAGGCCUGCGCAUGCAACUGCAUGAGCGGUCAUCUUAGAAAAGAUUUGGAGUGGGAGUUUCCAAGGGGGGCCACCAUGAACUGCUCGACGGACAGCGAGGGGGAAAAGAAGAGGAGAAGGAGGAAGACAAGCAAGAACUCCAAGAUGACUUUAACUAUAGGUCUUCCAGCAAUUGGUCAGAUGAAGAGAUCUGAUGCCCAGGGUAUACCUCACAUCUCCAGGAUACGGACUAGCAGUCUCUCGUCCACCGCCAGCGGUAGCUCCACCUUCUCCCUGGAGUCUCCGCCCUCCUCCCUCGACUCACCCGCCACUACUCCGCCCUCGGAGUCCAACCUGCCGGGUAGGAGAGCUAAUCCUGAGGAUAGAUCCAGACAUGACAGUGGUGGAAGUAUUUUCCUCCGAAGAUCCGACUUUUCUUCCUUCAAUGUUCUUCCAAAACAUAAGAUCAACUCCUACCAUAUUAAGAUGGAGGAUGAGUGUAGUAUUGGAAAUGAUGAGACGAGAUCUUUUUUUUCUGGGGACUUACAUCAACCUGUCGCUUUCAUAAAAUCUAGGCAAUUUUUUUCCUUUUUUUUAUUUGUUUUUUUUUACUCUUUUUUGUUUAGGGUUCCCUGUGUAUUGUGUGGAGGGUUGAUGAACAUCUUUGAACGAUACCCACUGAUUGAUGGAACUUUUUUCCUCUCUCCUCGACAGCAUGCCAAGACUUGCAUACAGGUGAAGGUUGAGGGUAGAUCCAACUUCUUGUCUGGAGUGUGUAUGGGUUGUCUAGAAGGAUGGAACACAAGUCUGCACUGCAGGUACUGCUUGUCUGCCUGGGAUGGAAGCCAGUUGAUUCUAGGAACUAUGUACUCCUACGAUAUAUUUGCAGCAGUACCUUGCUGUCCGGAUAGGCUUAAGUGUGCUUCGUGUCAUCAGCUAGUAAUCCACCCAGACCAGAGGUUCAACUUCUUCUCAGAUUACAGUCAAACUGUUAGCUGUCCCUCUUGCGGAGUUCAAGACUUUCACUUCACCAAGCCUUUGAACACUUUCGUCACUAGAGACGAAUUGGCAAUGGCUGCAGCGACCAAGCAGAACAUCGCAAGAAGCUGGGCAGCAGCUGUACGCUCAUAGUUUAAUUUCCCGCCAUAAAGAUGCUCAGCUGAUUUAACCCGCCAAACUAUGAUUUCCGGUUGCGAAAAUAUUCCGCGGUAAACUUGCGCACAGCGCAUAAUGGCGGCACACAGUCUUAGUAUAAUUGAGAACUUUUUCACCUAAACCAAGUAGUUUAAAUAUCUGUCCAUUAGCCAAAAGUUAGAACCUCGCACUGUACGCACUGUACUAUUAUAUAAUCCAACCCUGCGUAACAUUCUUUUAUUAGCUGACACACAAUGUCCGCUCUAAAAGUGCUUAGUUGAUUUACGCUUUUCAUUAGAAGCCUGGUGUAUUAUGGCUUGAUCGAUAUA